CAUCCCUGGAACAACUCGUCGAUCGACGAGUUCGGUCGUGAUACAGUGAUCGGAGCUAUCGAAGGAUUGUCACGAACGGAACAAUUUGUCCGUGCUGCUCAAAAACCGCAACCUCUAACGAAAACGCCAAACGAGCUAUUCUUGGACUACCACUUCAUCAAGAUGUUCAAAUCAUCAGAAAGCCAGCUAAUCAAAAUGCUACGACCUUCCGGGGAAUUCAACGGGACGACAUCAAAUGAUAACAUUAUUCAGUCGUUCAAGAGCGAUAAGUCGGAGCUGGAGCGCGAGCUGGAAUCAGUUAGGAAGAAUCUAGAAGAGAGCCUCGUUUUGAAUGCUCAAUCAGAAGGAAUGCAGCUGCAGAUGCAAGAAAUGUAUCGUGUAAAUGAACAGUGGCGUGCCGAGGCGGCGAAGUAUAAGCAGUGGGCCGAGCAAUGGCAACAGUAUCAAAUAGCACAGCUUCCUAAUCCUACGGAAACCGCUGUUCAAUAUCUUCAACAACAAGUCCAACAGUUGGAGCAGCAACUAGCAUACGGGUACCAGGCUUUCGAAGAGCACAUGGGAAAAUCGGGCAGAAAUCGCCGAGGCGGAGAGUUAGCAAAAGAAAAAGAAUCGAAAAAACAACAAAACGCUGUGCAGAACGGUGAAAAUGGGCUGUCGGAGCUGGCUGCUCUCAAGGCGGAGCAAGAAGAUCUGCUUGUCUUGUUAGCAGAUCAGCACAACAAAAUCACGCAAUAUCGUAAUCGACUGAAGGAUCUUCAUCAGGAUGUAACCGAUGAUGAGGAUGAC